AUGAUGGACUUUACGGAUGAUCUGGAAAACUGGAUGGGAAAACUGCCGGCCGAGUUAAAGGCCGUACCUAUCAUCCAUUUGGCUAUUCCCGGUUCGCACGACACGAUGUCGUACGGUAUUAAAAAUAAAGCACCGGUCGCACCGGAUGCUGAUCCGAUUGUAGGGACGCUCAACAAAUUCAUUCCCUGUGUCGUACGGCGAUGGGCUGUAACGCAACGUUACAACAUGCUAGAGCAGCUAAAGUGUGGCGUAAGGUACUUUGAUUUGCGAAUUUGCAUGAAACGGCCAGAGAACAAAUUUUACUUCGUGCACGGUCUGUUUUGUGAGGAAAUAUCGGAACCGCUCGAUCAGCUGAAGGAAUUUCUGCGCACCCAUCCGAAGGAGUUUGUCGUGCUAGACUGUCAGCAUUUCUAUUCGUUCAACCCAACCGAUCACUGCGUCCUGUCGGCGGAACUCAACCGUAUCUUCGAUAAAAAGAUAUACUCCCGUAAUGUAAGCGAACUGCAGGAAUGUACGCUUGAAUCUGCCACCGGGAAUGGCAAGCAGGUGCUGAUCGUGUACCGUAGCGACGCGUGCGUUAACGAGCGGUUCUGGUUGAGCCAGGAUUGGCCGACGCCAUGGCCGAACGAGAUCAACGUGAAGAAACUGCAGCAGUAUCUGGAUGAGUCGUUGUCCCAGCGUCGCCCCGACACGGGAUUCGUAUCACAGUGCGUCCUGACCCCGACAGUGCGCUACAUAGUGCCCCGGUUCAUGUCAUCGCUGCGUGCCACCUGUGCGAAAGCGGUUGACCGACAGCUGAUGGACUGGAUCAAGGGCCAAGUGCCGGGUACGUUCGCUGGCGAAGAAAAGCCCCGCACCAAUGUAUUUCUGGCCGAUUUCGUCGACAUAGCAGACAAUCAAUUUUGCAAGGUGGUGGUAGGAUUGAACAAGAAGCUGCUGGAGCAGGACAACAACAGUACGCACAGUUCACCGUCAAAGAAGAGUUCGUAA